AUGGCUCUCACCGUCGAGAAAACCUCCACCGGCCGUGAAUACAAGGUCAAGGACAUGUCCUUAGCUGAUUUUGGCAGACUUGAACUCGAAUUAGCCGAAGUUGAAAUGCCCGGUUUGAUGUCUUGCCGGACUGAAUUCGGACCUUCGCAGCCAUUCAAGGGUGCUAGGAUCACAGGUUCACUCCACAUGACUAUUCAAACCGGUGUUCUCAUUGAAACACUAACCGCUUUGGGCGCCGAGGUGAGAUGGUGUUCAUGCAACAUUUUCUCGACUCAGGAUCACGCCGCCUCCGCCAUCGCACGUGAUUCCGCGGCUGUGUUCGCCUGGAAGGGGGAGACUCUUCAGGAAUACUGGUGGUGUACGGAACGAGCUCUUGAUUGGGGUCCCGGCGGUGGACCUGAUUUGAUUGUUGAUGAUGGAGGUGAUGCCACGCUUUUGAUCCAUGAAGGAGUGAAAGCGGAGGAGGAGUUCGCGAAAACAGGGAAAUUGCCAGAUCCGACGUCAACCGACAAUGCAGAGUUCCAGAUCGUGUUGUCGAUCAUUAAGGAUGGGUUGCAGAGUGAUCCGAAGAAGUACCACAAGAUGAAAGAUAGGUUAGUCGGUGUAUCGGAGGAGACGACAACCGGAGUUAAGAGGCUGUAUCAGAUGCAAGCCAAUGGUACCUUGUUAUUCCCUGCCAUCAAUGUCAAUGAUUCCGUUACCAAGAGCAAGUUUGACAACUUGUACGGAUGCCGCCACUCACUCCCCGACGGAUUAAUGAGAGCCACCGACGUAAUGAUCGCCGGAAAGGUUGCAGUCGUCUGUGGUUACGGAGACGUCGGAAAGGGUUGCGCCGCCGCCAUGAAACAAGCCGGAGCUCGUGUGAUAGUGACAGAAAUCGACCCAAUCUGUGCCCUUCAAGCUCUAAUGGAAGGUCUCCAAGUCCUAACCCUAGAAGACGUCCUCGCAGAAGCCGACAUAAUCGUCACCACCACCGGCAACAAAGACAUCAUCAUGGUCGACCACAUGAAAAAAAUGAAGAACAACGCCAUCGUCUGCAACAUAGGCCAUUUCGACAACGAAAUCGACAUGCUUGGGCUAGAAACAUACCCAGGUGUGAAAAGAGUCACGAUUAAACCCCAAACCGAUCGAUGGGUGUUCCCUGAUACAAAAACUGGAGUGAUUAUAUUGGCAGAAGGGAGGUUGAUGAACUUGGGUUGUGCUACAGGGCAUCCAAGUUUUGUGAUGUCGUGUUCGUUUACAAACCAGGUGAUUGCACAGCUUGAAUUGUGGAAGGAAAAGGGAAGUGGGAAGUAUAAGAAGGAAGUGUAUGUGUUACCUAAGCAUCUUGAUGAGAAGGUGGCUGCUCUUCAUCUUGGUAAGCUUGGAGCGAAGUUAACGAAGCUUAGUAAAGAUCAGGCUGAUUAUAUUAAUGUUCCGGUGGAAGGUCCCUACAAGCCUGUUACUUACAGGUACUGAUUAAGCUUAUACCAUACGAAAUAUAUACGUCUUGAUUAUGUUGGUGGUGGUUGUUGGGAAAGGUGGUUGGAGAGAAUUAAUUGGAUUAUGGGGGUUGAAUAAGGGUGGAGUAUUGAAGGUUGUGUAAUAUUGUAGUGGUUAUUAUUUUAUUAUUAUGGGUUAAAAUGAAAAAACAAAUAGCAAAAUACUUUUAUUUGUUUCAGAGUAAAUUACACGAAUGAUUCCUAUGGUUUUCGGUAAUUUGCACGUUUAGUUCAUAACUUAUUUUUUUAAUUCAGAAGAUCCCUACUAUUUGU